AGCCAGCUUUCCCAGGCCCUGAACGGGUUGUCAGACAGAGCCAAGGAAGCGAAAGAGUUCCUGGUCCAACUCCGCAACAUGGUGCAGCAAAUCCAGGAGAACAGCGUGGAGUUCGAGGCCUGCCUGGUGGCCCAGUGCGACGCCCUCAUCGAUGCCCUCAACAGAAGGAAAGCCCAGUUGCUGUCCCGCGUCAACAAGGAGCACGAGCACAAGCUGAAGGUGGUGCGAGACCAGAUCUCUCACUGCACGGUGAAGCUGCGCCAGACCACGGGCCUGAUGGAGUACUGCCUGGAGGUCAUCAAGGAGAACGACCCCAGCGGCUUCCUGCAGAUCUCCGACGCUCUCAUCAGGAGAGUGCACUUAACCGAGGACCAGUGGGGAAAGGGCACGCUCACGCCCCGGAUGACCACGGACUUCGACCUGAACCUUGACAACGCCCCUUUGCUGCAGUCCAUCCAUCAGCUCGACUUUGUGCAGAUGAAAGUUUCCUCCCCAGUGCCGGCCCCCCCGAUCCUGCAGCUAGAGGAGUGUUGCACCCACAACAACAGUGCCACCUUGUCCUGGAAGCAGCCCCCCUUGUCGACGGUGCAGGUGGAAGGCUACAUCCUGGAGCUCGAUGACGGCAACGGCGGCCAGUUCAGGGAGGUGUACGUGGGCAAGGAGACCAUGUGCACAGUGGAUGGGCUUCACUUCAACAGCACGUACAGCGCACGUGUCAAAGCCUUCAACAAAACAGGAGUCAGCCCGUACAGCAAGACCCUGGUCCUCCAGACAUCUGAGGGUAAGGCAUUGCAACAGCUCCAGCCCAACGCGCUCGGACACUGCUCACACCCACGCGUGGGGCCCGUCCAGCACACCCAAGCUUAG